AUGGCGGUGACAGAAGGGGCUAUGGCCGCGACCGCGAACGGCAGCAAGAGAAAACAUGUACAGAUCGACCUCACCGAAGACAGCGACAGCGAGGACCUGGAUGCAGCACCACGAAAGGCACAGAAGGCGAGCACAUCGCAGGCCUCUCAGCACAGACCCGCGCCCACUUACCAGCAAAGACCAGCGAGCGGUGGCGCCUUGUCUGGCUACGAAUCGGUCUACAACAACGACCCUUCCGGCCAGUCUCUCGCGGAUUCCCAGCACAGUCAAGCAGAACGCGAUGCGUGGCUCGCAGAGGAUGACGACGACGUGUUUGAUACCGUCGCUUCCACGCAAGCUGCGGCAGCCAGCGACGACCAGCUCUUCUAUUACGGAGAACUUGCUGCAAAGGUAGUUGGGGUCCAGUACUAUCGUGGCCAUGCCAACCAGGGCGAACAAAUCCUGAUGCGUCGCGAGCCUGGCAAUCCAUUUGACAGCAACGCCAUCCGCAUCGACAAUGUUGCUGGCGUGCAGAUCGGCCACAUACCUCGCAGAAUUGCUGCCAAGUUGACACCCCUGAUCGAUGGAGGUGAUCUUCACGCCGAAGGCGCUCUCGCUGGAAAGAUUGGAACCUUCGAUUGCCCAUUGGCCAUACAGCUUUACGGUCCUGACCCCGAGUCACCAGAGGGCAAGGAGUUGAUGGAGGAGAUGAAAAGCGUGAAACUGCCACUUGCUGCCAUAAAAGCGGCUGAGAGGCGGGAGAAGGAGCGUCAGAAAGAGCAAAAGCAGGCCGAGAAGCGCCGAGAGCAGGAAGAGAAGAGGCGCCUGGCGGAAGCUCGCAAGGCGGCGGCAACGGCCGCCAAAGGUGCAGGCGGUAGAGGCGCGGGUGGAUCUGUGGCCCCUAUGGGCAGCCAAAAUGGGUUUGCCGGCUCGUCUCAAGCCGGUCCAGACGCUCAACCGGUCAUGGCGGACAUACUUGAGGCAUCUCAACGCUUUUACCCGCGAGAAAACAGUGAGGUGACCGACCAGUACGGCGUGAUGGAGGAGAACCUUCAGAACAUGCCUAUGGCCGCCAAGCCGAAGAGUAUUAAGACUGAGAUGCUGCCAUAUCAGCUUCAAGCACUUCAGUGGCUGCUUGACCAGGAGAAUCCCCAACCGCCAUCGAAAGGUAGCGACAAUGCCGUACAGCUGUGGAAGAGGAACGACCGCCAGAGCGAUCUCUUCACGAAUCUUGCCACUGCCUAUUCAAUCAAAGAUACACCGCAGUUCGCUCGUGGCGGCAUCCUUGCUGACGACAUGGGCUUGGGCAAGACCUUGGAGAUGAUUAGUCUGCUCGUGGCGGACAACGAUGCUGCUCAACGCAAGACAGGCACUACUUUGAUCGUCGCGCCACUCUCAGUCAUGUCGAACUGGACUGGCCAGAUAGCACAGCACAUCCACGAGGGUCAUGCGCUUAAGGUCUAUACGUAUCACGGCAAUGGCCGUGUUCACAUGACAGCCGAGGAUUUCGCUCAGUACGACGUCGUGAUCACUACGUAUCAAACGCUUGCCUCGGACUUCAUGCCCAAAGGCAAGGGCUCGAAGGCUCCAGAGCGGAAGUUGCGGUCAUCCGGACUGUAUUCCUUGGAGUGGCGUCGCGUGAUUCUUGAUGAGGGCCACACCAUACGCAACCCGACUUCGAAGGGCGCUGCUGCGGUGACUGCUGUCAUCGCCACCAAUCGAUGGUGCCUGACGGGAACGCCGAUUGUCAACUCCCUGAAAGACUUAUACUCGCUCUUGCGCUUCGUCGGCAUCACAGGAGGGCUUGACCAGCUCGAGAUCUUCAACAGAGUCCUCGUGCGUCCAUUGAAGCAAGGCAAUCCCAGCGCAACAUUCCUACUUCAGGCUGUCAUGGCUGCUUUCACCCUCCGCCGCCGAAAGGAGAUGAAGUACAUCGAUCUGCGUCUGCCGAAGCUGGACGAGUACAUCCAUCGCAUCGACUUCACCCCGAAGGAACGGGAGCGGUACGACGCACUCACAGCUGAAGCGCAGGGUCUUCUCAAGAACUACGAGAGCAAGCAUGGUCGUAAGGGUAAGGGUGCUGGUCAGGCCUUCCAACAUCUGCUGGAAAUCCUCCUUCGCAUGAGGCAGUGCUGCAACCACUGGCAGCUCUGUGGCGAGCGGAUUACGAACCUGUUGGCCCAGCUCGAAGAGCAAAAGACCGUUGACCUGAAACCAGAGAACAAGAAAGCUCUCCAAGACAUGCUUCAGAUCCAGAUUGAGAGUCAGGAGGACUGCGCCAUCUGCUUGGAGACCCUUCACAACCCACUCAUCACCACUUGUGGACACGCCUUCGGUCAAGAGUGCAUAAGCAAGGUCAUCGAGACGCAGAGAAAGUGCCCUAUGUGCCGUGCCGAGCUUGACGACACGUGCCUUGUCCCUCCACAGAACGACGGCGAUGAGAAGGCAGAUGACCAGAUGGACCUUACGCAGUCAAGCAGCAAGCUGGAAGCCAUGAUGGAGAUCACGACCGCCACCAAUACCGAAGGUGACAAGACCAUCAUCUUCUCGCAAUGGACCCGUUUUCUGGACAUCGUGCAAUCGCGUCUGGACCGUGAGGGCUACAAGUAUUGUCGCAUCGACGGAACCAUGAAGGCACAAGAGCGCGAGGCGGCUCUGCAGGCUCUGGAGAAGGACGCGGGCUGUACUAUCAUGCUAGCCUCGCUCAAUGUCUGCUCUGUUGGUCUGAACCUCACGGCUGCUAACCAGAUCAUCUUGUCAGACACGUGGUGGGCGCCUGCAAUUGAGGAUCAGGCCUGCGACAGAGUGCAUCGUCUCGGACAGCGCAAGGAAACGAGGGUGUUCCGUCUGGUGAUGGAUAAAACCAUCGAGGAGGGCACGUUGAGGAUCCAGGAGGACAAGCGAAAAUUGAUGAAGCUCGCUUUCUCUGAGAAGGAAAGCAAGCGCGAUCAGGUGAAAGCUGGCCGUCUGGCUGAUAUUCAGAGGUUGCUGAGGGGUGGGAAGGCUUGA